GUUUUUGUAUGUAUUGGCGUUCUAGGUUAGUAGUUUUAGUUUGUAUGUUAAUUUAAAUUAGUUUUAAUAAAGUUUCCUGAUUAUUUGAGUGAUUUGCGUGAUUUUUAUAACUUGAUUUUCUCAAUUGUAUGAGUGAUUUGUAAAGUUUCUUCUUUUAAGUGAUUUGUGAGUGAGUGUGGUAAAUUAAUUUUCGGUAGUUUUCUUUGAGUGCCGAUUUUGAUUUUGACAUUCCUUUUAUGAUUUAGAAAGGAAAAAGACGCAAAAUAGACAUUUCAAAAGAGGACUCAUCUCUUCUUCCUUUAUAUAAUAGAGAUUAAGAAAGAAACCGCCUUAAAAAUUUCCCACGUUCUACUCUCAUAGUCUCAUCAAGCGAAGUCUUUAACUCUUGUAAACUGAAUGAAAGAAAAACAACAAUCAACAAUGGCUUCUUCAUCUUCCCAUAGUGAUAAUUUAAAACAGUGUAUCAUCACUGCAGCUUUUGCAGGGGACCUAGAAGUCUUGAAGAAGUUAGCGAAAGAAGUUGCAAAUGGAGGUGAAAUUGCAAAGUGCUUGAAGGAAAUUUACGACUCUUUUGGUAGAAAUGCCCUUCAUGCUGCUGCAGCAAGUAGUAGUGAGCGCAAGCUUGAUGUGUGCAAGUAUCUUGUUGAGGAACUUAAAUUUGAUGUCAAUGAAGAAGAUUCUAAUGGAGAUACUCCAUUACAUAUAUCCACUUUGGAGGAGGAUUAUGUUACUUCUGCUUAUCUCCUUGAUCACGGAGCAGACUGUACUAUGGCUUCGGAAAAGGGAUUUACCCCAUUACAUUAUGCUGCAAAAAGAGGACGAACAAAUCUGUUGCGUUUGCUCGUAUCAAAAGGUGCAAAAGUGGAUGCACAAGCUCGUGUAGGAACACCACUGCAAGCUGCUGUUGCUCAUGGCAUGAGCGAUGCUGUUGAGUUUUUGCUCAAAAAUCAGGCUAAUCCUAAUUUGGCUUCUCCUAACACAUUACUACCACCACUGAUUUGUGCCAUUCAAGCAAAGUCCGUUCUUUGUGCAAGGUCAUUGCUUGAGUAUGGAGCUAAUCCAAAUGCCAUGACACUUGGUACGACUCCCUUGAUUGUGGCUGCUUCUGAAGGAGAAACUGAGAUAAUCAUGUGUUUGCUUGCUUUAGGGGCUGAUCCUGAUGUCCGCGACUUUUAUGACCUUACACCAAUACAAAUUGCUGCACAACUUGGCCAUCACGCCGAUGUGAUGGUGCUCUUUCCUGUUACUACACCAAUUCCAGGCAUUCCUGACUGGAGCGUGCGUGGAAUAAUGGAAUAUGUCAAUUCUGCUGAAGCCAGAAAUAAGAGGAAACUUUUAAAAGAACAGAAAUUUCUGGAAGCCAAAGCGAAGGGAGCAGAAGCUGUGAACAAGGGACAUUAUAUGGGUGCAACAUACUGGUAUACCGAGGCACUAAGUCUGAAACCAACAGAUGCAGCAGUGCUAUCCAAUAGGAGUCUUUGCUGGGCUCGUAUGGAGGAAGGAGAGCGCGCUCUUCAUGAUGCCAUGGCCUGCAUUGAGCUUAGGGAUGACUGGCCAAAGGCACAUUACCGAGCUGGGGUUGCCUGGGCCCUUUUGCGUGACUAUGAAAAUGCCAAAAAGGAGUAUGAGCUUGCCCUCAAGUUGGAUCCGAAGAACAAGGAGCUCCAAGAAAGUUACAGGGAGGCAGUAGCAGAUGUCCUCGCAGUAGAAAGGUACAAGAAGCAGCAGGGAUUACCCUCUAUGUAUGACGUUGAUCCACACGAGGAAUUAUAUGAAGAAUAUAUUUCUUCCCUUCUGUAGUUUUUUCGCUAGACGAAUUCUCUUCACCUAAAAAAAACAGAACUUCAGCCAUGGGAUGUAGUCAACAGGCUGCAAUAUAGUGAUUGUGCCUCUUUUCUAGAUUUUUGCUAGAGGUAUAGUGAUUGCUCUUGACUUUUGAGUAGCUGUACACUAAUGCGUGUUUGAUCCUGGGUUGCUACAUUAAUCUGAGUCCUCAUGCUUGAGCUCAGUCUGAACUCUGAAUGAUAGUAUUUUGAUCACUAUUUUCUCUAAUAGGUAAUACAUUUUUAUAUUA